UUUCGAACUCGAAGAACGAUGAGCAACCACGAAUCGGUCAAGGCCAAGUCGCAGCUGAAGAAGAGCACCCGCGCUCGCACGGCGCACACGGACUUUGUGCGCAAGUCCAAGCAGGUGACGCUGAAUAAGCGCCGCCGACUUCCUUCGCAGGACAUGGAUAGUGACAUGGACGACGUCGAGUUCCAGCAACUCGUGCAAGCCUUGCUUGCGUCGCCAGAGCACACGCUGCCCAUCUUGGAGAAACUCAAGGCAGGGUUGUCGGUCUGCAGUGCCGCGCGUCUCGACAAUGUCGCGGAAUCCGGAGUGAUUCCAAUCUUGAUCGACCUCCUGGAACGCCCGUCGUCCACGACGAUGGAGUUGACCCAAGUGCUGUGGUGUCUCACGUUCAUCACGUCCGGAUUGUACGAGCACACAAAGGCCGUCUUGCCUGCCGUUCCCACGCUCCUCACGUUCCUACAGAACGCCGACUUAUCCGAGCACGCCGCGUGGACGUUGGGCAACAUUGCUGCCGACUGCGAGGAGUUCCGACUGCACUUGAUCCGCCACGGCGCCAUUGCUCCGCUCGUGGAGCAUUUGCAUCAUCCCCAGCCCGCGAUGCUCAAAGUGAGCUUGUGGGCGCUGUCCAACAUGGCCAGAGGAGUGCAAACGUCCGCGAAGGCCUUCUUUGACCACGACAUUGGCUCCAUCUUGCUUGCACUGCUGCACGCGAACGACACGCCGGACGUGGUGCAGGAGCUGCUGUGGCUGCUCAGUUUCUUGACGGCCAAGGAGGACAAGUACCUCCGCUGGCUGCUCGACCACGACCUGUGGACAGGGCUGCUGCAUCACUUGGAUUCGAAAGACCCGGCCAUCUUGACGCCGCUGCUGCGCGUCACGGGCAACCUGUGCUGCGUCACCCCCGAGGCCGCGGCGUGGCAGCCGCCGUACAUCCACACGAUCGCGUCCGAGCUGCGGUUCCUGUACAUGCUCAAGCGCUUGUUGUGGCUGGACAACGACUCCCAUGUCGUAGCCGAAGCUGCGUGGGCAGUGUCAAAUUUAGCCGCGCGGGACGCUGGCGUCGUGGCGUCGCUGGUCCAGCACGACUUUAUCCCGCGCUUGGCCAUGUGUUUCCGCGACGGUGGCUACGACAUUCGCAAAGAAGCAGCGUUUGCGUUGACCAAUAUCGCUGUCACGUCCCCGUCGUAUGCAGAGCAAAUCGUGGCGUUGAAUGUGUUAGAUGGCUUUGUGCAUCUCCUGUCGGUCCCGGAUCUGCAUGUCGUGGGGACGGCCCUCCAGUUUCUUGAGAACGUACUGCGCCAUGUUCCCCGAGGGGUGUACCUUGUCGAAAGCGCCGACGGCAUUGCAGCCCUUGAGACAGUUCAAGACGGCCACAGCGACCUCCUUGCCACCAAAGCCGAGCAACUUGUGAACGAAUUCUAUGGCGAAUCGUAUGACGCGCCGUUCUCACCUCCCAGUGACCCCCCCCAAGGUAUUGUAAUUUUACCCAAAAUUUUGUUGACUUUUGGGCUGAUUCUUUACAAAGUAUCUAUUGUCGAUUUGAUACAAAUUUGGGGAGGGGGUGCAAUCGAAUCGCGCCAACCAAACCGAUCCACAAUCGAUCUGAUUGGUUGAAUUUCAUUGAGAAAUGGGUUUUGAUUGGCUAAUAAUUUUUAGCUCAUCUGAGGUAGCCAAUCAAAUCGAUUUAAAUUCCAACGAAAAACCACGCCACAACGCGAAAUUUCACUCGAAAGCACAAUAUAUCGAUCGAUUAUUGUUUGUGUUAAGGACUUUUGUAUGUAAAGAUCGACCUCUAGUGUCACACUAAUUGAAGUCACACACGAAUUCGAUGUGGAUAAUUUGAUUGGCCAUUUGAAUAGUGUUGUGGGUUUUGAUUGGUCGUAUAUGAUAUGGUGAUUCUGCUCAUUCGAUUGACCGACUAUUUAUGAGAUUCGAGUUGAUUGUGCCGAAGGAUGACGUGGGGGGUGAUGAUUGUGUGUGUGGGUAGCUUCGUUUGCUCCGAUAGAUGAUGUCCACCCGCCGACGGCAGGCGGCCGCGGCCGCGGAGCGCACAUGACACGACCUGCGUGGGCAACGCAAUAACAAGUGCAGUACUAGUAGUAAUAUUGUCGAUUAUCUUCAAAUGUCCCAUUUUCCCAUGGCUCGUUCAACCAAGUACUACUAGAGCCGAG